AUGUCGGGCUUUUCCAGUGUGAUGAAAAAGGGCUGGCAUCCGGACAAAGAAAAGCCGUUGAAGAAGCAGGUGUCUGGCUUCCUCCGACGCGACGACGACUCGUCUGAACACGUCACCAACCAUGUCUCGCGGCCCAUCUCGUCGCUGAGGGAUCCGGCUUCCUUUGGGCCGCCACCCCGACACGUUGCUCUGGGUGGUGGAGAUCGCGACAGCACCGACAGAGCUGUCCGUCCACCGCUUCCUGUUCGCCCAGGCAGCAACUACAGCAGGACCUCGCCCGCUGCCGAUGACACCACCGAUCCCGACGACCCGCCACUGCCUCCUCGACCCUUUCGCACCGACACCACCGGUCUCUCGACCGCACAUCUGCCACCGCCUCCUCUUCGUCGAGACGGCGCCGGCAGCCGCUCUCCAUCUCCAUCUCCGUCCUCUGCUCGAUCAGCUCCAUCAACCGCCAAGCCGCCCGGCCUUCCUCCCCGACUGCCCCCCCGCUCGCCAGCUCCGGCUGCUGCGAGCCCACAUCCACCGCCCCCAACACGAUCUGUCGUGGCUGCUCCUCCCAGCGACGGCUACCUCAACCAGGCUGCCAUCGGCAGGCUGGGCAGUGCCGGCAUCUCCGUCCCCGGAUUCGGCAUCGGCGGCAGCACGUCCGCCCAGCACUCUGCCCGCUCCACCGCCUUCUCGGCCAUCGCAUCGGCUGCCUCGUCCACCGCUUCCCAGCCAGCACCAACAUCAGCACACCCUGCUACGGCUCACAGCGUUGUCGCCGCCGCCUCCGCCGCCGCCCCCCAGAUGAACGAACUGCAGGCCCGCUUUGCCAAGAUGGGAACCGGCGCAUCCUCUGGUCUGGCUGCAGCAAAAAAGAAGCCGCCACCACCGCCGCCGGGCAAGAAAAAGCCUGGUCUCGCUACCGGGGGCCCCCCACCUCCUGCGUCAACGGCCGACAGCGACGGUGACGAGCCACCUCCCAUUCCCAUGGCAACGCGGCCGCAGAAGUGGUGA